GUAAAGUUUUUUCCAGUGACGUGGAUAAAAUACACUUUCAUUUGCAAAGCACGCAUUUGCUUCAACUCUGUCCAGAUUGUCAACCUAUGACGACCCAACGAGACGCCUUUUCGCAGCAUCUGAUGACGCAUGAGUCGGCCCCGUGUCCCGAAUGCAACACCAUGAUUUAUCGAGAAGAACUUCAACGUCACGUCGAAAAGACUCAUCGGUGGCGAAAAUGUAUUACAUGUCCAGAUUUGGAAUCUGAAUAUGCUAAGGAACAUUUCAGAAACUUUCACGCGAAGGAAAAUUGCCCCAAAUGUGAUGUUCAGUUCUAUGCAGUGGAUCUGGAGAAACACUUGGUAGAAAACCACAAUUGGAAGCAUUGCCACUUCUGCGAAGCAGUCAAUGAAGCGUCCUCGAUCGCUGAUCACGUUGAAGGUGCCCAUCAACCAAGGCUAUGCCCGGAAUGCUCUGAGGAAUAUCCCAGCGACACGAUGGGCCACCAUCUUCGUUCCGCACAUUCAUGGAAACCUUGCUCCGUUUGUCACCAUACCUUGUCCCCAGAAAAUUUCGAAGCGCAUGUCACAGAAUUCCAUGUGCCAUGUGGAAACUGUGGCAAGAUGUUUUCGCAAGAAGCUUUAAAAUUUCACGAAGAAAAGGUCCAUUCGCUGGUAGGGUGCGACUACUGCAUCAAACGGUUUAAUUCCGAAGAUUUAACAGGCCAUAUUCUCACUUCCCAUGGACUCCAGAAAUGUCCAAACUCAACUUGCGACGAGCAACUACCGUCAGACGCCAUCCCUGCGCAUAUAGGUGAGUUUCACUCGCUGAAGAAAUGUUGGUGUGGCUCCCAUGUCCAGGAUCUGCGCCGCCAUAUGUCGAGGAUAAUAAGUAGUUUUGUAUGAUUAAUUAUAGUCUUGCAGUAUGGGCUCGAAUCGGAGUCAAGACGGGUAUCAUCCAAGGCUCUAUGUGUUUCCAUAUCAUCAAACAAAGUCACAUCAUCUUGGUA